CGGACAAACCGCGGCUCCACAACUCGUACGCACUCGAUUCCUUCUCUCUCUCUCUCUGUUUGUUUCUCUGCUUCUCUGUGUCUGAUUUCGGGUUCGAGUCUGUGGUUUCCUCGCCCGAGCAAACGAAGCCGAGGAUAAGAGAAUCCGCGCGUAGCAGAGAGGCUACUGAGUUCUGGGUGUUCUGCUUCCGGGACGCGCAGCGACUGAGCGAACAUGUCGUCGUCGGCCGUGCAGUUCGCCGCUCACGACAACCACGAAGACGGCGGCGGCAUCGAACGGCUCGGCUCCGUCCUCCCCAUCGAUCCCAGGGCUCCGAACCUGUCCCUCCCCAGGGAGACCUUCCUCCGAGCGGCCGUCUCUCUCAAGGACCAGGUUGUACGGGCGACGUGGCUCGAGGGCGGUGCGGGCGAUCCAACCGCGUACACGGGGCUGCUCGGGACGGCCUUCUUGUGCCUGAGGUCGUACGGGGCCACCGGUGACCGGAGCGACCUGCUGUUGUCGGCCGAGAUCGUCUAUGCGUGCGCUUCCGCGGCGCGUGCUUCCACGAGGCAUGUGACGUUUUUGUGUGGUAAAGGAGGGGUGUUCGCGGUGGGCGCAGUGGUUGCCAAUCUUAUAGGGGACCGUCAAAGGCGCGACUUGUUCCUCAACCUUUUCCUCGAGGUGGCGCAAGAGAGGGCUCUCCCAGUUGGACCUGAGGAGGGUGGUUUUGGGAUGUCAUAUGACCUUCUCUAUGGUCGAGCUGGUUUCUUGUGGGCGGCUCUAUUUCUGAACAAGAACCUGGGACAAGAGAUGGUGUCGAAUGAUCUUCUGAUGCCUAUCGUUGAUGCCGUGUUGGCUGGGGGCAGGGCUGGUGCAUCUGAUAUCGCGACAUGCCCCUUGAUGUAUAGAUGGCACGGGACCCGGUACUUGGGUGCGGCCAAUGGCCUCGCUGGAAUCUUGCAAGUGUUGCUUCACUUUCCUCUCUGCGAAGAGUACGUCGAGGAUGUUAAGGGGACUUUGAGGUAUAUGAUGGGCAAAAGGUUUCUGAACAGUGGAAAUUACCCCUCGAGCGAAGGGAACCCGAGGGACAAACUGGUUCAGUGGUCUCAUGGUGCGACGGGCGUGGCCAUGACUCUAUGCAAGGCCUCACAGAUGUUUCCACACGACAGAGAGUUCCGUGACGCUGCCAUAGAGGCAGGGGAAGUUGUGUGGAAGAAUGGGCUCGUGAAGAAAGUUGGGCUCGCCGACGGCAUUUCGGGGAAUGCGUAUGCCUUCCUCUCGCUUUAUCGGCUGACAGGGGAGAGAAUCUACGAGGAGAGAGCCAGAGCAUUUGCGAUCUUCCUCUAUCACAAUGCGAACAAGCCUGUCGGCACAGGGCACGUGCAGGUUGCGGACUACGCCUUCUCGCUUUACCAAGGGCUUGCCGGAGCGGCAUGCCUCUGGUUCGAUCUUGUCGAUCCAGAGAACUCUAGAUUACCGGGGUACGAGUUAUAAGAAAGAACAUGAACGCGCGAGAGGUUACAUGUAGCUCUUUCAUGUACAUACUAAAGAGAGGUACGCCGUUAGAAAUCGGUGGAUCAUACGCUGUUGCUCUGUAUUGCUACGGCCGAUAUGUAAGGGCUUGCAACUUGAUGAUUCCACGCGCAGGGAUCAGUCGUUUGUUAAGGCAAGAAAUUGAUGUCCGAAAGACAUUGGUCGGACGGUCAUUCUCAAUGUUUCAGGGCACCAUAUACAAACAGACGCUGAGUUUUUGCUAGUGUGUCGGGUUGGUCAUUGCUGAUAGCAACC